AUGUCAGGCGAAGGAGAUAUCGAUAAACGAUUGGAAGAGGAAAUCGGCAAUCUAUCUACACGAUUAGUCACUGCUGUCAAUAGACAAGUUGAAUUGGAAGAAACGGUUCUACUGCUACGUAAAUCCAUUCACGAACUAGAAACGAAAAAUGCCGUAUUAACGAAAAGUGAUGAAAGUUAUCAAUUGAUCCUACCUAAAUACCUCAAACUACAAGAAGAUUUCAAAGAAGCCAACAUCAAGAAGGAAGUUGCUGAAAAUGAAAAUGGUCGGUUGAAAACAGAAGUUGAUGAUUUAUCAGCCACUUUAUUUGACGAAGCAAACACCAUGGUCUCCAAUGCUUCUAGAGAAACCCAUAAUUUCAAAAUCAAGAAUAAGAAAUUGUACGAGGAGAUUGAUGAAAAGAAUAUUAUUAUUAGUAAUCUACAAGACCAAUUACAGGAUUUGAAACAAAUGUUUAUUAAAAUUGAAGAUAAACAACGACUCAUGGUCUCUUCUAGUCAUAACAACACACCCAAUUUGGACCAGAAGGAAUUUGGCGAGGAUAACCAGUCUGUUAGUGAAGAUGAUUACCAAGUACAACAGCUUUCAAGCAGUUUAUAUGCACCUUACAUGACAGCAUUACGAUUUGAUUUGAAUAAUUACAAUAAGGAUUUCAAAGGAUUUGUAUAUACAUUGAUCAAGCCCGAGUUCACCCUUGAUUUGACUCAUUUGAAAAACCUUGCUUAUUUCAAACCCAUUUGGAUGGAGGAAAUUGAAAGCACCGUUACUCAUGUUCCUAAUUUACCGUCAACAACAUUGCUUAACCGAUGGCAGAAGAGUAAGGUAUUUUGGAGCUCGUUGAUUGAUGGAAGGGUUUCCAUUGAACCAAUUAAAGGGUAUAGUGAAGGGUCUAAAAGCUCACCAGGUAGAGAAGUUGCUCCUGAAUUGUUGUCGGUUGCCAUUACUGAUCCCUGUGCAUUUUGUGGAGAAUCGAGAAGUGUGCUUUUGGAACAUUGUCGGCUUCAUCAUUACAAGAUUUAUGAAGCUGAUGAGGUAAUGAUUGCAAUUUAUCCAUUGUGUCAUUAUUGUGUUUUGAAAUUGCGCAACUUGUGUGAUUUCUUUGCCAAAAUAAGACUAAUUAAGUCCAACGUGUUCAAAUUGAAACAAGUACAUUUAUUCGACGACUAUGUUCAUGGUGUGUCUUCCGGUGGUGGUGGCGGUAGUGGCUCUAAUUUUUAUAGACGAACAAGUUCAAAUUCGUCCUCUACUGCUCGGUCAAUGACAGUAUCAUCGCCGGGCGCAAGUGAAGCUGACUUAACAAAUGGACACGUGUACAAUAUAAAAUUGGAUGCCGAAGAAGAGGCCAAGUUGAUCAAGAUAUACUUCAUACUUGCCCAGAUCAGACUCAAGAUAUUUUACAGCAAAUUGGGAUUACGGGAAAAUGCCAACAACCAAUUUAAUGAUUUGAAUAUUGAUGAAGUCCAUUAUGAAACAUUCUCUUACUUGAUACCACAUAGAGGUGAAACAAAACAGACGAACAAGGACAUUGAUGCUACUAUAUCGCCGAAAAGGUCAAUUGAAUCGAACGCUGCCAGAACGUCUAUUGACUCAAACGCUGCCAGAAAGUCUAUUGACUCAAACGCCGCAAGAAAGUCCCUUGAUUUAAGAGAGGCUAUAGAAACGACAAUUGCCAUUGAAACGGAAAAUAAUACCUUGGCUAAAGAUUCACGUGCAGAUUCGAGUGAUACUAGUGCUAAGAAUGACGCAGCUACGCCACCACUACUGCGUGCCAAAGUAGAAAAAUCACCAUUAGAUACACCUGAUGAUGAUUCCGACACUCGUGAGUUUGAAGAUGCCAAGACUACCUUGAAGUCAGAAACCAAGCAGGAACAAAAGGAAGAGCAAAAGGAAGAACCAAAGGAGAAAUCCAAACUGAAACUGAAACUGAAACUCAAACUGAGACAGGGAUCAAAUCUGAAGCCAAACUCGGCAACAAGUUCACCCGAGAAAGCCAAAUCACAAUCAGACCUUACCGAGGCACAAUUAUUUCUACAAAAAAUGAAAAAUAAACCCCAUAGUCCUGAUGAUGAAGGUAAUGGUGGAUUAAAGCGUUCAAAAUCAAAAAGUAAACAAUUUAAAGCCAAGAUUGAUAAAGAUUUGGACCAGACGCUAGAAAUGUUGGCUGAGAUGGAAGCAGAUGGAAGCAAAUAA